GUCCACGAGCCAUGGAGAGCGAGGCGAGGACGAGCAAGACCCUCAGGAAAGUCCGCGGCUUCCUGGGCGGCAUCUCCAUCGAGCCGAUCUUGUUUCUCUACUACAUGGGCCUGUACUCUCGGUCGGUCGUGAAGGAGAACCUGAAGCUAGAUCGGUUCUGCAGGAUAACUCUGGGCUACGAUGAGGAGGACUGCGCCUCACUCAACGACGGCCACCACGAGGAAAUACAGGCGGAGACGCAGAAGUUGGACAGCGUGUUCAUCUUCUACGAGAAAGUGGCGUCGACGGUGGUUCCUCUGGUGCUCGUGUCCUUCGCCGCCACGUGGAGCGACCGCCGCGGGAGGAAGGCGCUGAUCGUUCUCUCCUUCUUCGGGGAUUUGCUCUACAUCGUGAUCUACCUGCUCGAGUCCCUCUUCCCCUCGUGGCCCCCGCAGGUCCUCCUCCUCGCCUCCUUCCUGAACAGCCUCGGCGGAGGAAUGAUGGUGCUCCUGAUGGCCUGCUACAGCUUCAUGGCGGACAAGACCAACGCCAAGACGCGCACGGUCCGCAUGGCGAUCAUGAAUUCCGCCAUGCACAUGGGAGGCCCGAUUGGCACUGCCUUGGGCGCGUGGGUCUUCGCCGCCAAGGGGUAUGUCUGGGUCUUCGGUCUCGGGCUCGUGAUAGUCGUGGUGUGUCUCCUCCUAGUCAUCUUCUUCAUCAGAGAUAUAGACUCUAGUUCCGACACCAAAGAAGCCCCAGGUGAUGGACACGACACCAAGGAAGCCCCAGGUGAUGGACACGACACCAAAGAGCCCCAGGUGAUGGACACGACACCAAGGAAGCCCCAGGUGACAUGAACGAAGGAAAGCGAACCUCAGGGAGCCCCUGGGAUCCGAGGAAUGUCGUGGAUCUGUUUCGGGUGUGCUUGAGGCGCCGGCCGGGACGAGGGCGGUCUCACCUGAUUCUCCUCAUGUUCAUAAUGUUGGGUCAGAUUAGCAUGUUUCCCCCAUAACCUCUACCUCUGGACCCGUCGAGUGUACCUCUGGGACGAGAACCAAUACAGCUUGUACUCGACCAUUAACCAAGUGAUAGAACAAGUCAUGAGUCUCAUCGCAGCUCCUGUGUUGCACAAAUUGGCCGUGCACGACUGUUUGAUGGGAGCUGGCGCGUCGUUUCUCAGUUUCCUGAAGAUGCUCACGCUCGGCCUGACAACUUCUCCGUCCCAGUGGUGGGUCAUUUACCUCUUCGUCAUCAUACCUUCUGCUAUUCCUUCUGCUGCCAUCAGAGCUCAGAUGUCCAAGAUAUGCGACCCGGGCGAGGUAGGUCGCGUGUUCUCCAUGCUGGCUAUCUUGGAGGUGUUGUGGCCACUCGCCGACAGCGCCAUCUUCACCGCCGUCUACAGCUCGACCUUGGACUUCUACCCUUCGUACGAACACCUCGUCGGCGCCUUCUGCGGGGUCUUCGAAAUCUGCGGGUUCCUUGGCCUCAGACUCUCGCUGGAACACGUGAAGAAUCGGGUUGGUCGAGGAGCUGCUGAAGAGGAACUAGCGAAGGUGGAGGACCCCGCCAAGUCCUGCUGAGGGCAAGAAGAAGGUGGAAAUCGGUGGGGACUUCCUUU